AUGGCGGCCCGAACAUUAUCAAGAGGGCUAUGGGAGCUUCUACGUCAUCAAAAUUGUAAUUAUUCCACGGCAGCGUCCAUUAAAACGCCACCACCGCAAAGCGAUGUCACGGCUGCCAUUAUGAAGGUUCCUCUGGAGAAGCCCGACUAUUUCCAUGUUUCCGAGCUUUUCACAGUCAAAGACUUGUUUGAUGCCAGAGUGCACCUAGGCCACAAAAAAGGAUGCAGGCACAGGCUGAUGGUUCCUUACUUGUACGGCUGUCGCUUGGACCAGGACAUCCUGGACUUGGACCAGACGGCAGAGCACCUGCGUCUGGCCCUCAACUUCACGGCUCACGUGGCGUACCGCGGCGGCGUGAUCCUGUUUGUCAGCCGGCGCCGUCAAUUUGGCCACCUGGUAGAGAGCACAGCGCGUGACUGCGGCGAAUACGCCCAUACGCGGUACUGGCAGGGCGGCCUGCUCACCAACUCCCACGUGCAGUACAGCAGAGGCGUUCGCUUGCCCGACCUGAUCAUCUUCCUGAGCACGCUAAACAAUGUGUUCCGCUCGCACGUGGCUCUGCGUGACGCCGCCAAGAUGAACAUCCCUACGGUGGGGGUGGUGGACUCCAACUGCAACCCCAGCCUGGUCACUUACCCGGUGCCCGGCAAUGACGACACGCCUGUCGCCAUAGAGCUCUACUGCCGCCUCUUCAAGAUGGCCAUCCGGCGCGGGAAAGACAAGAGGAAGCAAGUGGAGCUGCUCCACGGCCUGACAGUGCCUGAUUUGCCCAGUCCGUGA